AUGUCGCUGAAUGGCCUGGACGAUGUGAAGCUUAAAGAAGCUCAUGAUGUCGCCGUUGCCGAGCCAGGAGGAUGGUUCCUUCUCAAGUACAUCUCCCGAGACGAAGUCGAACUGCUGGGCAAGGGAAAUGGCGGGAUAGUCGAGAUACGCAAUGCGAUAGCGUCCUACGAAGAACCGUCUCCUCUAUUUGGAUUUCUUCGGUAUAGGAGAAGGAAUGUGCUGAUCAAGUACGUUCCGGAGGACUGUUCGAGAUUGGUACAAGCUCGCGUGGCUGUUCAUUUCAACGCGGUUACUGAACGCUUCUCUCCCUACGAUACCGAUUUCGCGAUUGCUACCGCGAAGGAGCUACGAGACACGACCCUAUCUGCCGCAUGCUCUCUACACACUGCUUCGGGAUCUACAAGUUCGUCGACGAGCUCUCUACGACGACGACGGUUGAUGGAAAUUGCGGAAGACGCAGAGGAAGAUAAUAGAAAAAGGCAAUCGACUGUGCUCGAAGAACGCCCAGGUACUGCGAAAAGUGCGAAGAGCAUUGGGAAAACCGCUCCAAUUGUUGAACCCUCUUCUGCCACCCCUCCUGCGCCCAGCAACACGGAUGAUGGUUUGAUACCUCUUACACUUCCUAAUCCACACUCCUUCAAAUCGACCAAGAACGACUUGGAAACAUCUCCUCCUCCGCCCCGAGAGAGGUUCGAACUCGAGUCGAAAUCCCCGCCAAAACCUACCGACGAGCCACAAUCUCGAAAAUCUUCGCAGCUGACUAGACCGGAGCUCAACAGCUACAAUACAUACAGCACUGGCACGCGACCGAGAAUAAAGUUAGGCCCGCGUCCGUCUCUGGACGUUUCGAGCAGCCGUCCACACACUUCUGGCGCAGCUUCGCAUUAUCGGCCAGUUUCUACCCUGCCGAUUGGGUUGAAGAUAUUUGGAAAGGGGUCACGGCAACGGCCGACUUCAACAUACAACACAGAUGCACCUAGCACAAUCAUACCCCCACCUCCAAUUCCAGACAGUAUGUCUGAAAAUUACCAAAAUUCGACGCCUGUACGGCCACAUACAAGUGGUGGUCGGCCACCGCCAAAAGAAAAUGUUCCAAUGAACCCGUUAAUAUCACCCACUUCCACAAAGAUGCCUUCGAUAACACCAGAGAAGGCUCGAUUAAUGAAAGCUUUAGAAAUGAGGAAAAAGAAGAGCGCCUCGGCCGCUGCAGAACCCACUUCGCCAAGCGUGCCCCAUAACCUAAUUAAUACUCCGCAACAUGAAACGAGGCAGGUAUCAAACGCGAUCCAGGGGGCUCCGGACACGUUAACUGCACAAAAUAAUUUAGCCAAAGACGAUGAUUCUGCAAUUGCAUUUGAUGCCAACUCAGCCAUGAAGAUUGAUGAAUCCGAUGCAACAAAAUCGGAUUCGUAUCCAGUUUCUCCAACUGCACAAUCGGAACGAGCCGAAUCGACCAGCGCGUCGUCCCUUUCAGAGUCUGCGGACGGGACGUUGCAGGUAACAGAUGCAGAGAAGAAUGCCAGCCGGGGAUCGAAAUCGAAUAACCCAUCAUCAAGUCAACCAGAUAGCACACCGGCGGAAAGUUAUGUUGCAGGAACAACAGGAGGCGACUUGGGAGCAGAUAAUGCCUCUGUGCCAACUCAAGCAGCCACAGCCGAGAAGCUGCAAACGGAAUUUGUUGAGGCACAGCUACAUAGUCUCGCACCAGCAGAGGUAGAGAAGGUCGAGGACGGAAACAGUGGUUUGUCGCAUAAUGUUCUUGCGGAAGAUUUCCCAACAGAGAGUGUGUCUGCACCUGCACCUGCCCAUUCGACACCAGCACAGGCUGCGACGAACGUCAACUCUGAGAAAUCGCCUAUCACACUACAACCAAACGAGUCCCAAAAUACCAUCACCCCUAUCGAGCCCGCGAAAGUCGAUAAACAUGUCACAUUCGACGAAUCCGAGGACCACGUAAUUCCAGACACCUCAAUGAGGGAUGAUGAUGCUACCAAUUCCGAGUACAGCGUUCCUGCUGAGGAUGACACUGUGCAUGAGGUUGUCGAAGAGAACGCUGUUGUCAAGGAUGCGCCAGAGCCAGUGCAAAUCAUCGCUGAGCCGGUCACAGAAGCGACCACUAUGGUGAAAACGGACAACGUUGUGCCAGAGCGGACCCCGGAGGCAGUUCCAGCAGUUGAGCAGGCUUCUGCGAUUGAUGUAUCGGAAAUCAAUGAGCAAACGUCAGCCUUGACCGAGCAGGCACCGAAAGUCUCGGAAGAAAGUGCUGUUGCUAAACCAGCGGAGGUAGAAAAGGCAUCGGAACCUGCUGCCGAGUCGACAUUAAUAGCCAAGCUCGAUAAAAAGGGCGAAGCUCCAAAUUCCACAUCUGAAUUAGAAGAUACGAAGGCAACAGCCACUAUUGCUCCUAUCGUUACAGAACUCCACGCGGCAUCAGACACCAAGCCUUCUGUCGUAGUUACACCAAAGUCACCCGUGGGUAGUACAUUUUCUGUUGAUUCGAGACCAACCGUUUCUGGUGAUGAUCGUCCGAGAGGAGACAAAUCAGCGACGAAGAAGAAAAAGCGUGGACUUGAGCCUAUUCGAACAGAUAUUGAAGUACCCGAUCGGAGGAAUGCUGAUGAUGCGAAUUUAUCUUCAGACGACGAGUUUAUGGACGAACUCCAAUCCGCAGUUAUGCAAGAAGCGAAACCGAUUUCUGUUUCGAAGUCUCCAAUUAGUCCAAUGUUCCCGACUCCAAAAAAAGCAGAUAGCUGGCGGAAUAAGUUUUCACGCGCUGCAUCUAACCCAAUGAAGAAGUCAGAACCAGAGUCCCAACUCUUGACACCACCGAAAAGCGAAAAUCCAACUCCUACGCGGUCGGUAUCCUCGUCAGCAGCAUACCUCAAAAAGAUCAGUCAAGAAGCAUCAAAGCCGGCGCCGACGAAGAAGGUCAAUGUCGGUUCAGGGAUUGCUGCGAGAAUGAAGGCAUUCGAGAAGUUUUCCUCGGGUCCUUCAACCCCUCCAGUAUCAACGGGGCCACCUCCUGGAAGCACUCCAGCCUUCUUCUCAGUCAGGAAAGCUAGCAACCGUGUACCUUCUCGGUCGCCCGGUCCAUCGGUAGCUGAACGAGCAAACUCUAUCACUAGAAACACUCCUCCUCCCGAGUCCCGUGAUUCCUCGCCCGAGACUCGAAGAACACGCGAACGGUCGAGUUCGAUCAAGAAUCGACUCAGUAGUUUCGAGCCUGACACUGUACCGACUCCUCAGCCCACUUCUCGGCCACGACCAGAGUCCAUCUCGGUCACAGCGAGGAUCAUCCGCGAUCCGUCUCAACCAUAUCCGUCGCAAGCAGAGCUUAAGAAAGACCCUUCGGAAUAUGCACCAUUGGAUCUUAAGCAAUCCCCACUUGUGAUUGAUCAUCAACGGGCUGUUACUGCCAAGGAAACCAUCCAACAGAGGAGGCAGUCCAAGGAGCGACGAUUAUCAAAUUCCUCUGAUGCUACAAAUACUACUGUCAAGAACAGAAGGUCGUCAGUUACUAUAGUUAAGGAUUUGAUCAAUGAACGACGGGCAUCAUUUGCCGAACGUCGUCGCUCGAUCAACCUCGAUCCAAACAAUUCAUCCACAAAUCUUCGGAACACAUCCCGACCCCCUUCCAUGAAGUCCCCUUCCAGGCCGCCUUCCACCCACACAUCUCCUGUACAUACACGAUCGCAAUCAAUCACCAGUCGACUCUCGUCGUCCUCGAAUCGCGACAUGAAUGAUGGCUAUAUGUCGCCUUCACCUUCAGGCGAUUUAUCCUCGAGCGAAGACAAAGCUAGCAAGAAAUCUAAUAGAGCUAGCCGCAUGUUGAGAAGGAUGUCUUCCUCUUUGUCAUCUGGUCGAAAAGCAUUGGCUCAUGCAGUAUCACCCACUGUCCGAGAAGAGUCGGAACCUGGAAACUCCGCCCAACCUCUUUCUCCCCAAUCCGGUCCUUCUACCCCAAAUAUCAACAUAGGAGACGUGAACGUACAAUUUCCUGAUUCUCUACUUUGGAAGCGUCGCUCUAUGAUGUUGGACAGUCAGGGUUUCUUGAUACUGUCUCCUGCUUUGACUGCAAGCGGCAAUGGAAAAGCAGCAGCUGGCGGAGCUACCAGGAGAUUUCAUCUCAGCGACUUCAGGCGACCUGUUAUUCCGGAUAUGGAGAUGGAGGAAUUACCAAACAGUGUUCUGCUUGACUUUGACGUUGGUGGAGGUUUGCAGAUUGCUUGUGAAGAUCGAGCAGGUCAAUCACGCGUGCUUGAGGUCCUACAAGACGCUCACCAAUCUGUUGGACAAUCUCAAUAA